UGGCCACAAAAUGGUGGAGAUGCUGGGAUUUGUUUUACAAAGCUAGAAUUCUGUGUUGUCAAUGAAAACUCAGACUUUCAGCUACUACCAGAUAACCAGAUGCCCUCAUGAAGAGCCCUUGAGUAAUAAGAACCUUGUAAUAGGUACCGCUGAAGUGUCAGCAAUGAUGUCCUCAAAGAGUAGAGGUCAUACUAGUUAAAGAACCUUGUAAUAGGUACCGCUGAAGUGUCAGCAAUGAUGUCCUCAAAGAGUAGAGGUCAUACUAGUUAAAGAACCUUGUAAUAGGUACCGCUGAAGUGUCAGCAAUGAUGUCCUCAAAGAGUAGAGGUCAUACUAGUUAAAGAACCUUGUAAUAGGUACCGCUGAAGUGUCAGCAAUGAUGUCCUCAAAGAGUAGAGGUCAUACUAGUUAAAGAACCUUGUAAUAGGUACCGCUGAAGUGUCAGCAAUUAUGAGUCCUCAAAGAGUAGAGGUCAUACUAUUUAAAGAACCUUGUAUUAGGUACGGCUGAAGGAUCAGCAUUCAUGAGUCCUCAAAGAAUAGAUGUCAUCUAGAAGGCAUCAUGAGUGAGAAAGAACCUUGUAUUAUUAGGUAGUAUUGAUAAUUUCAAGUAAAAUGACAGAUUUAGAGCUGUACCUGUCUCUCUCUCUCUCCCUCGUACGUUUUCAGACGGAUUUUCCACCGUGGAUUGUAUUGCGUAUUUAUUUCUGGAGUUGUGUGGUGGUUAAAGUGUAGAAACAUAAAAAUAAAAGAUAUAUAUAUGUUAAUGGUUAAGUUUUGAGUAAACUUUAUUAUUAAUUAAGUUAUUUUGUGUACUUAUCGAUAAUUUGUCAGACGAUAAUCGAUUUAGUAUGAGUGAAAAAAUAACGCGCCGGACCAUAAUCGAUUCACGAAUCGAUCGUGAACUAUGGAGUGGCAACACUGAUAGGUUAGUUGUCUAUGGACACCUUUUUGAAGACGUCAAACUGGUAUCUCUUCUCCCAUUGGACAAAUGAUUGUUGAGAACAACAGAGAAUUUUCUUAUUGGAUGUUACAUGGUUGUACGUGGAUUUAAUUGCAAACCAACUUGAUGUUUUCGUUCAUGUUUUGGCAUAGUUUGCAAGUUUGCUGUUUGGCUAGAAAAUAAGUUUUUACCGGCGACGCUAAAGUGAAUUUAGAUACAUUUUCGUGUGAAAGUUGUGUUUAAAGUGUGUAGGAAGAAUCGGCGAGCAAACAAAAGUGGAAUCCUACAUUUUACGAAGGUCAAUAUCGUCGAUUUUGCCAAGGACGAUAUCAAGAAGAUAUCAUCGGUACAUAUACCGAUUUCUAAGAAACCUUUAGAAGGUUAAAUAGGGUUAGUUGAGGAUAAUCCUACGGAUGUCCCAAGAUGGAACAGUUUUUAAAAGAACGAAUUACUUUGAGGCAAGAAAAGCUCGGAGAGGAUAUACAAGGGGGUAGAGCGAUACUGGAUCUUUAUAAAGAAGGGACCGCCAUUAUAGAUAAUGAUGUAUUAAAAAUACAGAUUAGUUUGAAACAAUGUUUAGAAAUCCUUCAAAAGGACAUAGACAGCUACAUACAAACCGCAUCUGAAGAUACAAGUAUACUCCAUUCAGCUUUUAAAAGACAACUGGAAGCAGAGGCUAUUUUAGUCGAGCUUAAUCUGCUACUCAGCGGAAACUCCCAACAGAAAAAUAUUACAAAACAUGUAAAACUUCCUAAACUUGAAUUGAUGAAGUUUAAAGGAGAUAUACUGAAAUGGACAGAGUUUUGGGACAGAUUCCUGGCUAAUGUGCAUUCACAGAGUUUGACAGACUCUGAGAAAUUAGCAUAUCUGUUGAGUCUUUUGGAGGACGAGGCGAAGGACGCUGUACAAGGCCUCUCGAUAACAAAUUCCAAUUACAAGCUAGCAAUAGAAGCACUAAAUGCUAGGUACGGAAACCAACAAAAGGUCAUAGAUUCUCAUUAUGAGGCGCUAACGAAAAUAAGUUGUUGUGCAUACUCUGCAGAAGAAUGCAGGAAGAAUUUAAAUAAAAUAGACACUCAUCUAAGGGUACUGUCGUCUUUAAAUGAAAAUGUGGAAAGCAACUUCUUGCGGAGUCUCAUCAUGAACAAGUUUCCUGAAAGGGUCAUAUAUGAAUUAAAUCUCUUAUUACCUAACAAUCAGACUAUAACCAGUAUUAGAAGUACUUUAGAUGCUAUCAUAGUGGCAUUAGAGAAGUCCAAGGUGAAGGAACCUAUUCAAAGGGAGACGCCUGGCACCGCCACUACUGAUGCAUUAAUUGCCAUUGAUAAUAAACCUAGACCGAAAUACAAAAGGGGCAAACGAAUUUCAGGCUUCACACCUUUUACUAAACCAUCAUCGGAGAUGCCGUCAGGAAAUAAUAGGAAGCGAAACGCUACGUUCACCAAGGAAAAGGGAAUUAAGCGACCAAAAUUAAGCUGUAUUUUCUGCUCGGGAUCACACUUUAAUGAUGAGUGCACAUCUAUUAAGACCAUAGAGGGUAGAAAGAAAAGGUUAAGCGACCGCUGCUUUAUUUGUUUGAAAUUAGGCCAUCGUGUGAAUGAAUGUAAGAGGCGAAAACCGUGUUACCAUUGUAAAGGGCAGCACAAUCGUGCUCUGUGCCCAAAGCGAGAACCUGCAGACUGCAACAGCGCAGGUGAUUCACAAAAAUAAAAAACUAGAAUGUAGAUUACUUCUUGACUGCGGAAGUCAAAGAAGUUACAUUACCACUGGACUUGCCAAAACCCUGGAUUUGACUUUGAACAACAUGGAUUCAUUAUUAAUUUUUACCUUUGGAGCAGAGAAACCUACUGAAACUUUGAGCCCUUGCACUGAUGUAGUAAUCAAAACGAAACGAGGAGUAGACAAGAGUAUCCACGUCAACGUUGUCCCUCGCAUUACUAAUAAGAUUCCCACACAACAUAUCUCAAAACCAAGUGGAGUAGAUAUGAUGGCAGACAGUGGCUCACAAGGAAGUAAAGAAAUCAAUAUGCUCAUUGGUAAUGACUACUAUUUUUCCUUUAUUAGGAAAAAUAUGAUACAACUGGACGACAAUCUAUUCUUAAUAGAUACAGAUUUUGGAUGGGUUAUAUCUGGUCGUCUCCGCUUAGAAAAUCAAGAAGAAGACAAUAUUUUAACAGUUGUCACUUACCAUCAAAGUAAUAGAGGUUGUAAAUGCUUCUCAGAACCGGAUCUACCGUUGAGGCAAUCUGAUCUGAAAUUCCUUUGGAGUCUGGAAAAUAUUGGAAUAACUGAUUCAGUAAAGGCUACUAGGGAAGAGAAUGCUGUCCAACACUUUAAUGAUACCGUGGUAUAUCAAGGUGGCCGUUAUUAUGUGAAAUGGCCAUGGACAACAUAUCCGCCCGAUGUACCAACCAACUAUGGUCUAGCGUAUGGCAGACUCAAGGGAUUAUUACAAAGGAUGGAUAAGUCUACACUACAAGAAUAUAAUGAGAUACUUAUGGAACAACUGAAGAAUGAGAUAAUAGAAGUUGUUCAAGCAGGAUCAAAUCUCCAAUGUCAGUCUGUGCCUCCGAUUCACUACCUUCCGCAUCAUAUAAUCAAACAGAGUGCCAAACGUGGUCGUAUUGUAUAUGAUGGGUCAGCAAGACUGAAAAAUGAGCAAAGUCUUAACGAGUGCUUGUAUAGAGGACCUUGCAUGCUCCAAGAUCUGACAGCGCUGCUCUUGAACUUUAGAGUGUAUCAAAUAGGUAUUGUAGCUGACGUCGAAAAGGCUUUCUUGCAAAUUGGCUUACAAGAAGAAGAUAGAGAUGUGACAAGGUUCAUAUGGUUAAAGGAUAUCAAUAAACCAUUGUCCGAUGAAAACAUACUACACCUAAGAUUCUGCAGAAUGCCUUUUGGAAUUAUUUCCAGUCCUUUCUUGCUGACAGCUACUAUACGCUACCACAUAUCUCAAAAGAAUAGUGAUCUGCUAAAAAGGGUAGCGAACAAGUGUUAUGUUGAUAAUAUAGUGACUGGCACAAAUGCUGUAGACGAGGCUGUUCGAUUAUAUGAUGAGACCAGGGAAACAUUUGAAGAACUCUCCAUGAACCUAAGAGACUGGACAUCAAAUGAUGAGGCCUUUAACCAAGAAAUACCAGAGACAUAUAGAGCAAAGGAGACAAAUGAAAUAAAAGUUUUAGGGCUGUUAUGGGACAAGAGACAAGACAUGCUUAAACUAAACCUAAAUAAAGAAGUUAUCAUGGAAGGAUUCUCAGAAGUUACUAAAAGGGAAGUCCUAAGAGUAUUGGCAUCAGUAUAUGAUCCCUGCGGCAUUGUAUCCCCGUUACUCAUGCCCAUCAAGCUGUUUCUUCAAGAAUUGUGGAGACUUGACUAUAAGUGGGAUGCUCCACUAUCGCAAGAUCAAUACAGAAGAUGGAAGAAGAUAGAGAGUAACUUAAGAGAAAUACACGAGGUUGAGAUACCACGUUAUUUGGGAACCAAUGUCAACAAAGGAUCCGUAAAUGAAUUACAUUGCUUUGCGGAUGCUGCCAAAGACUCCUACGCAGCUGUGGUAUAUUUCAGAUCAUGUAAUGGCUCUGAAAUAAAGACAUUAUUUUUAUUAUCAAAGAGUAGAGUUGCACCUUUAGAAAAGAAAAACAAGAAAGGGAAGAAAAAUGAAAGAAAACUGACUAUUCCACAACUAGAAUUACUAGGCUGUGUGAUCGGAAACCGAUUAUUGACAUAUCUGAAAGAAACCAUAGAAUUACCCAUUGAUAGACAAUACUUAUGGACAGACAGUUUAGUGGUUCUUAAUUGGAUUCAUUCCAAUAAACUUCUGCCACCUUUCAUAAGCAACAGGAUAGAGGAAAUAAAGCGAAAUGUUGGCCUAGAAACAUACUACGUGAACACAAGAGAAAAUGCAGCUGACAUUGCGACCCGGCCUGAAUUGUGGUCACAGAAAAAACAGGUAUGGUUGGAAGGACCAUCCUUUUUAGCCAGAAGUAAAGAGGAUUGGCCGAAAGACAUCCACCUUACUAGCCACCAGAACCUGGCAUCUUUCUCAGCUGUAGUGGAGGGUCUGAAGGAACAGAAUUUAGACAAUGACAUGACUGUAGAACCUUCAGAUAUAAACAUGCCUGUAGAACUAUCUGAUAAUCAGAUACCUAUGGAAGUUAUCGAGGAUGACGAACCACAACCUGACCAGAGUGAAGUAAAAUCUCAGGUACAAGAGGUAAAAAACCUGCAAAGAAGAUUCUUUCCCGAUGAAACAAAAGGCAAACUGACAGACCUCAGUAGAAGUCUUGGUCUAUUUACAGAUGUAGAUGGAUUGUUGCGAUGUAAAGGACGAAUGAUGCACGCUAAUUGGUCAUACGACAUGAAAUAUCCAAUUCUUCUGCCCAGAGACUGCGAAUUCACAAGGAAAGUUGUUAAAGAAAUACAUGAGAAGAACUAUCAUGUAGGAGCACCCCAUACUCUCGAUCUGGUUCGUAAGCAGUUCUGGAUUCCAAAAGGAAGACCAGUGGUGGAGAGAGUACUAAGAAAGUGUACUCAAUGUGUAAAGUACGGUGGAGGCCCGUACCCACUGCCACCAACACCAGCGUUACCUGCAGAGCGUGCAAAUUACAGCACACCGUUCACCUACACUGGAAUUGAUUAUUUUGGACCUGUUUUCAUAGAUACCGAAAAUGGACAACAAAAGAGAUGGGUGUGUCUAAUGACGUGCUUAGCAGUGAGAGCUAUACACCUAGAAGUCAUUAAGAACUUGACUGCAGAUGAGUGUAUUAUGGCGUUGAGGAGGUUUAUAUCUACAAGAGGUAUACCAUUAGCCAUAGUUUCAGACAACGCACUAUACUUUAAACUGAGCUCUGAGAUCCUGAAAAGUGAACACUGCGUAAAGAAUAACAUCAAGUGGAAAUUUAUUCCCCAAUUGGCGCCUUGGCACGGUGCAUUCUAUGAAAGACUAGUGGGUUUAGUGAAGCACUGUAUGAAGAGGACUUUGGAAAAACGAUUAUUGAAUGAUACUCAACUCCAUACUAUUAUUAAGGAGAUUGAGACUGUGAUUAACAGUCGGCCUUUAACACGAGUUGGCCCUGAUAUGGAAGCGGUGCUUAGACCAUGUGACUUUCUAUCACUAGGACGCUGUUUAAACUUGGAGAUGUCGGAGGAUUAUAGACCGGACCAAGAUGACACUCAAGUGAAAAAGAACUUGUUCGAAAGUUGGAAAAGAGGUCAGAACAUGCUGAACCACUUCAAGAACAUGUUUAUACACCAAUAUUUGAUGAGCCUAAGAGAAAGGUAUCAACACAGUCACAAGCAGCCAAGAGUGAAAUCCCAUCAGGAGCCAAGCGUUGGUGAUUUAGUCCAGAUAAAAGGUGAAAACAACAACAGAAACAACUGGCGGGUUGGCAAGAUUGUCCAACUUAUAAGAAGUGCGGAUGGAUUCUGUAGAGUAGCACAUGUUAAGGUAGGAGACAAUAUCUUCAUUCGGUCUAUCGGACACCUGUAUCCUUUAGAAAUGGAGUGUCCACCUUCAGUUCAAGGAGACGUUAAACCCACUGAUACGAGCGAAUCUCAAGAAAGAGCUCAAAAUCCUAUAUUAAAUGAUUUUGAGACAAGUCAAACAAUUGAAAUACCAAAGUUGAAUGAUCACGUCGAGAUUGUUAAGGAAAACCAAGAGACAUUACAGGAAAACCCUUUUACCCAAUGUACAGAAGGAAGAGAGUCUAAUGAUGACAUUCCUGAUGAGAGAGUACGCACAACACCACCACGAUCAGUACACCCAGAAACUGACGAGACGCGGCUUGUAGACGAGGGAAUCAAUGAGGCCGAGAUAGUAGAGCAAGAUGAGGCUCAGCCACGAGAGGAAGUAGUGAGACGAGCCGCUGCGAUAAGAGCAAGAGAACGAAUCGCAGAGUGGACUCGUCAACUCUUCGCUAUUUUAUAAACCGUCCUCGUCGUUGGGAAUGUCGCGAAUUUACGCGAUUCCUGAUAAAAGGUUAGUGAGAACUUUAUUUACGUCUUUUUGAUGUUGGUAACAUUUAUGAGAUAGUUUUUGGCGGGAGAGAGAAAAAGAGGGUACCUUCUGUUAACAGUGAGAAAGGAACGCGUGGCGAGAGGUUUUUACGAGACGAUUAAGAAGGGGACUGGUGGCGAAAGAGGCCGAGACAGCAGAGUGCUCCCGUUUAACUAGAAGAUUUCCCUGGUGAGUGCUUAUGCUUAAUUAUAACGAGAGAAAUACGUUGAGAGGUUAAGUAAGAGUAAGAUUAAAUAUGGUGGAACGGGAAGGUCUAUUGGGGAAGGUGGCAGGACCUCCAGGGACCUGCGGGUCCCACACAGAAUAAGGUGAGAGUAGAGAAACUGGGAUGACAGUUGGUCGGAUCACUUGAAAGAGAAACCUACCACCGAGGGUGGCUCUUGGUCCGAACGAUGGUGUCAUACCUGGCUCUCACGGAUUGUUGUAAGAGUAAAUAAGCAAUGAACCUUUCAACGUACGUCUCAGAACUUUAUAUCAAGGAUAAACGUGUAAAUGAUGAUGAUUGAAACGACUAAAUUAGUAACAUACAAAUCUAUG